AUGUCCAACUAUUGCAAAGGUGAAGACAAUGUUUCAAGCAUCUUCACCCUUCCAGCCCCGAUUCCAAUUAAUCAAACCGGCAGAGAUGUGAACAAGGAUGACAGAGAUGCAAAUGAGCAGCAAGAAACCAAACACUCUGAUCUCUUCCGCCGGGCUGAAUCCAUGUCCGUUCACAAUCAAGAGGAGACCGAUCAAUGUAUGUCAGAUCCCAAUCAUCCAAUGGACUCCUUGAUUGAGGAGCUUCAAAACAAUUUUCACCUCAACGAUCACUUUGGUCCACUUGCUGUCAAAGCUGUGAAGGCCAGUCUUUCUAUACUUGCUGAUCCGUUUAAGGAUUUUGUUCGGGACACGGCCAGACAUUUCAUUGUGAGGACUGACCUUGAAGCUUACACUGCUACGGCCAAUAAGCACUCGGAUACUCUGACCAAGUCGCUUCCUAAGUUGACCAAAGAUGUGGCCGAUCAAAAAUCGGACGAUUUCAAAGCCAAGUUCUUCCCAGAAGGCCACGCUGGCAAUGACGCAACCGGAAAGUCUCCUUAUGGUCAGGCACUUGGCUCUUUGGUGAAGUAUGUGCAACAACAGUUGAGAGACUUGAUGUUGAAUAACCAGAAAAUCAAACCAAACGGGCCGGUCCCAGAGAUUGAUGACUUGAUCAGAAUGUUGGUCAUUGCAAAGGACAAGGCCCUCUUCUCCGGUGGUAAGGAGUUCAAAAAGAUAGAGGAGGCCGAUAUUAUUAUGCCAACCAUGCAAGAAGUCGAGGACGCCAUGCCAAGGAGUAUCCCGGCCGAGUCAUCUGGCCCGAACGUUUCUGAUGCCUAA